GCGGCCGGGGCGCAGCGGGCGCGGAUGCCGGAGGCGGUGCGGCUCCGCAAGCGGCGGUCGGUGCUGUACAGCUCGGCCGGCGGGACCGCCGCGCAGCGAGGCGCCGGUGCGGCCGCGCCCGCGCCGCUGCUGGCGCUCGCCCUGGCGCUGCGAGUGCUCAAUUGCUUCCUCGUCCAGACCAGCUUCGUCCCGGACGAGUACUGGCAGUCGCUGGAGGUAGCGCAUCGCAUGGUCUUCAAUUAUGGUUACCUGACUUGGGAAUGGACAAGUAACUUAAGGGGUUACUCGUACCCGCUGAUCUUUGCAAGCAUGUACAAAGCAUUACAACUGCUGGCUAAGGAUAAUGUUCAGCUGCUGAUCUGGGUCCCUAGGCUAGCACAGGCAGUGCUGGCUGCUUUUGCUGAUGUGAAGCUUUACUCAUUGGUGCAACACCUUGAAAAUUCAGAAACAGCAAAGUUCGUGUUCUUCUGCCAACUCUGUUCCUGGUUUACAUGGUAUUCCUGUACCAGAACUCUAACAAACACUAUGGAGACUAUUCUUACCAUUUUUGCUCUUUCCUACUACCCAAUAAAAGGCUCCAAGAUGGGGAACAGUUGUAAGUAUUUAGCUUUGGUAGCACUUGCAAUUGUUAUUCGUCCUACUGCUGUUAUCCCGUGGAUGCCUUUGGUCUUCAGUCAUUUUUUGCAAGAACAGAGGAAAGCAGACCUUAUCCUACUCAACUGCAUUCCAGUUGGAUUGGUCACAGUAGGAACCUCUUUAAUAAUUGACCGUGUGUUUUUUGGUGAGUGGGUACUGGUUCAGCUGAACUUCUUGAAAUUCAACGUGCUGCAGAAUUUGGGAACAUUUUACGGCUCUCAUCCUUGGCACUGGUACUUCACUCAGGGACUCCCAGUCAUCUUGGGUCCCCAUCUGCCUUUCUUUAUUCACGGUUGUGCUCUGGCACCAAGGAGGUACCGCAUCUUUCUCCUGGCAGUGAUCUGGACAGUGCUGGUGUACAGCACACUGAGCCAUAAGGAAUUCAGGUUCAUCUAUCCAGUACUGCCAUUCUGCAUGAUUUUUUGUGGAUAUUCUUUGAAACACUUGAAAGCAUGGAAGAAAACUGCAGCAAGUUUCCUGCUCUUGUCCAAUUUAGUCCCAGCCCUGUACACGGGCUUGGUUCACCAGCGAGGCACUCUGGAUGUUAUGAGUCACAUCCAGCAGCUCUGCAGUAACUCUCAGCAGUCACAAGCUUUUGUCUUCAUCCUGAUGCCGUGCCACUCUACUCCAUUUUACAGUCAUGUUCACUGUCCCCUAAAAAUGAGAUUCCUUCAGUGUCCCCCAAACCUAACUGGCAACGAGAGCUACGUUGAUGAAGCAGAUGUGUUUUACUCUAACCCACUUGGCUGGCUGAAUAAGGAGUUUUACAAUGACACACUAUUACCCAGUCACUUGAUCCUCUUCAAUGUGCUAGAACAGGAAAUAUCAUCAUUUCUAGCUUUAAGGGGCUAUGAGAAAACAGCCACUGUCUUUCAUACUCAUGUACCUCAAGGACGAGUUGGAAGCCACAUCUCCAUCUACAGGAGAAAAGCUGAAGUGAAUUAUCCCUGAAGAUCAGUGUCUAGACCUCGCACCCAGUGAGAUCAGUUUUGCAGAGCAGUAGCUAUGCUUAGACCUCGUAGUGCAGAAAGGAGAGAGCAGUGAGUCUCCAAGUGGGGAAGUCAAACGGGAAGUCCCCGUGAGGCAGUGGCUGCCUGCAAACACAUAAACCUCCUCCCGAGGGCAGCGUCAGUAGCAGUAGGGCAGGGUGGGGUUGCUGACCUACCUUACAACACUAGAAAACAUUGGGAAGACCAAAGUUACCAUAUGAUUACUUAAGCAAUAAAAUACAGACAAGACUGGACCGUUUUUAUAGAACUGUACAGCUAUGCUAAGUUUCUUUUAUAAAUAAAGACUUUUACCCACAA